ACACAACCUGUUGUGAGCCCUCAUUGCCACUCAAAAAUAGCAUCUUAGGGCUCAUAAGUCGGAUCUGCAUCUCCGACCCCGCCAUCUUGCGGUUUUGACUGCGGCUUCCAGCUCCUCUUAGUCGAUUAUCGAAGCACUUCGUUCUGUGGGUGAUUUCCCGGUGCGAGUUUGUCUUGGACAAUAUCUUCCAAACUGAGGCCCCGCGCUAUUAUAUUAAUCGCGAUUGUAUAAAAUGGCUUUCGGAGGUUCGCGUGGUGGACGUGGAGGACCCCCCCGUGGAGGCCGCGGAGGUCCUCGCGGAGGUGGACGAGGUGGUGCCAGAGGCGGAUUAGGCUCUAGAGGUGGCCGUGGAGGUGGCCGUGGAGCUCCAAGAGGUGGCAGAGGCGGCAGGGGUGCUCGCGGUGGUGGUCGCGGUGGAAAGCCUGGUGCUAAGGGUGGUGCUAAGGUCAUCAUUGAACCCCAUCGUCAUGCCGGUGUCUUCGUUGCGAGAGGUGGUAAGGAGGAUCUCUUGGUUACAAAGAACUUGACCCCCGGCGAAGCUGUCUAUGGCGAGAAGCGCAUCUCCGUCGAAGCUCCGGCCACAGUGGACGGCGACAACACCACGACUAAGGUCGAAUACCGCGUGUGGAAUCCUUUCCGUAGCAAGUUGGCUGCUGGUAUUCUCGGUGGUCUGGACGAAAUUUACAUCAAACCUGGCGCCAAAGUUCUCUACCUCGGCGCUGCCAGCGGCACAUCAGUCAGUCAUGUUGCCGAUAUUGUUGGGCCUACUGGAACCGUAUACGCCGUUGAGUUCUCUCACCGUUCAGGACGUGAUUUGAUCGGCAUGGCCACCCACCGUACAAACGUCAUUCCGAUCGUCGACGAUGCGAGACACCCACUCCGCUACAGAAUGCUUGUUGGAAUGGUAGAUGCUAUAUUCGCCGACGUUGCGCAGCCCGAUCAAGCCCGUAUUGUUGGUCUGAACGCUCACUUGUUCUUGAAAGCUGGUGGCGGAAUCCUUGUCAGUAUCAAAGCCAACUGUAUUGACAGCACGGCGAAGCCCGAAGUUGUUUUCGCCAGAGAAGUCCAGAAAUUGAGAGAGGAGAGAAUAAAACCAAAGGAACAACUGACACUCGAACCGUUUGAGCGUGAUCACUGCAUAGUCGUUGGCGUCUACAGACCAUCUUGAUUGGAUUAAUGCUUGGAUGUCUCUUGUAUGGUGUUUUUUGAUUCUUGUUUAGUACAGGCGUUCUAUGUGUGGAUCCUUUUGGUUGCAAUUUACUUCAUACACUUUUCUCUGAUGAUGGGCCGACUAAA